AUGCCUCGAUCUUCUUGUACAGGAGAAUUAGAAUUUGAUCCAGAGAUCGAGAAGACUGCAAGAAGGUUGACCAAGGAGGCAAAGUUGCGUAAGCAACAAGAUUCAACGUCACCUUCAGAAUCUGAGCAAGAGUUUGUUUCCAGUGAUUCAUCAAGUGAAUCUGAAAAAGAAGAAGUGCAUAUUCCCCGAGUAGCAAUGGCAGCCCCAAGAACUUUGAGGGAGUUGGCAACUCCUAACGUGAACCAGCAGCCAUUAUGCAUUACAUUUCCUAACACGGAAGAGGCAUUUGAGCUUAAAUCUGGUCUUAUUCACUUACUUCCUACUUUUCGUGGUAUUGCAGGUGAAGACCCACAUAAACACUUGAAAGAAUUUCAUGUGGUGUGCUCCACAAUGAGACCUCAAGGAGUCACUGAGGACCACAUCAAGUUGAGAGCCUUCCCUUUCUCUUUGACAGAUAAGGCUAAAGAUUGGUUAUUUUACCUGCCAUUAGGAUCCAUCACUACGUGGGAAGAAUUGAAGAGAAAAUUUCUCGAGAAAUUUUUCCCUGCCUCUAGAGCCGCCAAUAUAAGGAAAGAAAUAUGUGGAGUUAGGCAGGCAAAUGGGAAAACUCUAUAUGAGUACUGGGAGCGCUUUAAACAACUGUGUGCCAACUGCCCACAUCAUCAAAUCCCGGACCAGCUCUUAAUACAAUAUUUCUAUGAGGGAUUAUCACCCAUGGAUAGGAGCAUGUUAGAUGCAGCCAGUGGCGGUGCUCUGGUGAACAAGACCACAGACGAAGCCACGUUAUUGAUCUCCACCAUGGCUGAAAAUUCCCAACAAUUUGGAGUGAGAGCUGAUGGAGCAAUAAGAAGGGUCAAUGAAGUGAAUCACUCUGACUUAGAGGGUAAACUAUCUGAGCUUACCUCUCUGGUGCGUCAAAUGGCAAGGGGGCAAUUACAAUCUGUGAAGACUUGUGGUAUCUGUGCUGCUCCCGGACACAUGACUGACAUGUGCCCAACUCUCCAGGAGGAUUCACCUGAACAAGCCAACAUAGUGGGAGAUUUUUCUGGACCACCUCCACGAAGGAAUGAUCAUUUUGCACCCAAUUACAACCCAGGGUGGCGAAAUCAUCCUAAUUUUAGCUAUGCUUCAAAACCCCCUGGUUUUCAACAACAUUUCCAACCACGGCCACCAGUGCAACAACCAUCCACUUCCAAUUCAAACAUGUCUUUUGAAGAUAUGGUGAAGUCACUAGCCCAAAGCACGAGUCAAUUACAGCAAGAGGCUCAAAGAUCUCAACAGGAAUCUCACAGAUUUCAACAAGAGACUCGUGCUAGCAUUAGGAAUUUGGAAGCACAAAUGUCCCAAUUGGCAACUUCCAUGAGCAACUUGGAAAAUAGCAAUAGAGGGAAAUUACCAUCUCAAGUAAUUCCUAAUCCCAAGGAGAAUGCCAGUGCAAUGCAAUUACGGAGUGGCAAGGAGGUACAGUCUCCUAGGCGUGCCCACGCCAGAGAAGAAGAAGUGCCCAGGAAGGUGGAAGAGGAAGAAGAGAAACAAUCCUCUGAAAUCUCAAAGAAAGUUGACAUUCCUCUUCCUUUUCCUAGCAGGUUUACAAAAGCUAAAAAAGAAGAAUCUGAGAAAGAGAUUUUGGACACCUUCAGGAAAGUGGAGAUCAAUAUUCCUUUGUUGGAUGCUAUUAGGCAAUUAUGCUAA